CAGCUACUGAGUGCACCGGGCAGAUGAGGAGUGGGUGUGGCAGGCGGUUAGGUGAGGGGUGAGGGGUGAGGGCCACAGCUGCACCAGUCUCUCCCAGCACCGCGACCUGAGUGCUACUCCUGAGAUAUGCCUGCCAGGAACAAGGAACAGGAGGCAGAAGUGCUCCAAUGGAUAGAAGAAGUGACGGGGGAGAAGCUGCCCAGUCAGCCAUAUGAGGAUAUUCUCAAGGAUGGGGUCGUACUUUGUAACCUGAUCAACAAGAUAGUGCCCGGCUCCGUCAAGAAGAUUCAGACCAAAGGAACCAACUUCCAGCUGAUGGAGAACAUACAGAGAUUCCAAGCUGCAAUAAAGAAGUACGGAGUGCCGGAGGAGGAGAUAUUCCAAACAGCUGAUUUGUUUGAGAGGAGAAAUAUUCCACAAGUAACAUUGUGCUUAUACGCCCUUGGAAGAAUUACGCAACUCCAUCCCGAGUAUACGGGACCACGCCUUGGACCCAAGAUGGCGGAGAAGCAAGAACGUCAAUUUACCGAUGAGCAACUGAGGGCCUCUGAGGGUCACCUCGGUCUGCAGAUGGGUUUCAACAAGGGGGCUUCACAGUCAGGACACGGUGGUUUUGGCAAUACUAGGCACAUGUAGAAAUGUGGUCGCCUUCCUUAUCGUCUUCCACCACCUCUGGUAUCAAUGCUUCUCUUGUAUUGGACUUGGGUCCUUCCACCGAAAGUUAUCGUUUCUGGCAUGACCAGUUUGGAUUUAGAGUAAGAUAUUUACAUGACCAUUACAAAAUGGCAUUACUAUACGGCUUAUUCCCAGAGUUAUUUUUUUAAUUUUUUUAGUGAGAAAUAAUUACUAUGUUUUCAGAUAUUGGGCUGUAUUUAUCUCCUGUUUAGUCCCUCAUGAGUAUUGUAAACCUUGUAGUGCCUUACAGUAUUGUGUUCACUUUUGGAAAACAUUUAAACAUAUCUAACUUAGGAUUUGUAUUCAUAUAACUGUUGCUUUUUUCUGACAAAGCUGUACGUUAGUGUUAUAAUUUAUAUUUUUCUAUGGUUAAAUUUAUUUUAUUUUAAAUGCUCUAGUUUAUUGUAUAUUUCUGCAAUAUUUUGUGUGAGUCUAGUCAUGUAUAAUUAUUAAUUUAUUUCUAUUAUCUCUGCACUUUUGUAAGUAUUAUGAAUUUGUUUGUUUUUAGUUUAUAUUUUACGUACUAAUUUGAGCUAAUUAUGUGUUGCACUUACAGUAUAUGAAAUACAACCGGUUAUUAGUAUGACUUUAACUUCUAGUGAUUUUUGUAAGAAAAUGUUUUAAUUGCUGUUACAUUUAUACUAGAAACUACAACAACAGAAUUCUACUAUGAAAUAUUAUUUUUGUACACUAACGUCCGAUGUGUUAUUAUGGAAAACAAGAAUUUGUAUGUAUUGUAAACAAUUUAAUAUGAUGAAUAUAAAACACUUAAGUUUAAUCAAACUAAUUAAUUUAGGUACAAAUGAAUCGCUAGCUAUUAAAUUUAUAUAUAUAUAUAUAUAUAUAUAUAUAUAUAUAUAUAUAUAUAUGUAUAUAUAUAUCUACACUCUGUUAUGUAUUGAUAAUAUUGUAAUA